GAUUGCAAAUAAACGGCAUUCUUGGGUUACAGCUAUUCAAGUUUUCGAAUAUUACAUUUCCCAUCAUCUGGGCAAAGGUUUUGAAUCUGUAUUUGGUGGUGUUACUUGUUUACCUGGAUGUUUUUGUAUGUAUAGACUUAAAGCUCGUAAGGGUGAUGAUGAUUGGGUUCCAAUUAUUACAAAGCCAGAGAUUGUUCAAGAAUAUUCCCAAAAUAUUGUUGACACCUUACAUCAGAAAAAUUUGUUGCUUCUUGGUGAAGAUCGUUUCUUAACUACCCUUAUGUUACGAAACUUUCCAUAUCGAAAGAUGACUUUCUGUCCGCAAGCUGUUUGCAAAACUGUUGUCCCUGAUGAAUUCCGUGUUUUGCUUUCCCAACGUCGUCGUUGGAUUAAUUCAACAAUACAUAAUUUGAUGGAACUAGUCCUUGUUCGCAAUCUUUGUGGAACUUUCUGUUUUUCUAUGCAAUUUGUCGUAUUUUUGGAAUUGAUGGGUACCGUGGUUCUGCCGGUUGCUAUCGUAUUAACAAUUGUAUUGAUUGUUUCGAGCAUUCUUCAUCCUCCGAGUGGUUUCACUGAAGCCAUUCCAUUACUGAUGUUAGCGGCAGUACUCGGAUUGCCAGCCAUAUUAAUUUUGAUUACUACAAGAAAACUUGUUUAUAUUGCGUGGAUGAUGAUUUAUUUAUUAGCCUUACCCAUAUGGAAUUUUGUUCUCCCAACAUAUGCAUACUGGCAUUUUGAUGAUUUCUCAUGGGGUGGCCAGUUUGAUCCCUCCAAAGUUCCCUUUAAACGCUGGGAGGAUUGGGAACGUAAUAGGAUUCGUAAAUUGAAACGUCAGGAACGUCAACGUCAACAGGAUACACCUUACUUAAAUGAACAAAAUGGAAGUAGCCGCAGCUUACUUCAGGUUGAUUCAUAUGACAGAUCAUCAGUUGUUUCACGUAGCUCUGCACAAAAUUUUUAUGAUUAUUCCCAUAGUGACAAAAAAGAGUCCCAUCCAAGAAAGCGUCAUGAAUUUUAUCAACAAUCGCAGCAACAAUCUCAACAAUCGCAACUGGAGAAUCUACGGCUUAUUGAUAAUGAUGGAUCUGAGACGAGUUUAGCAAGUAAUGACACCAAUGGUGGUAAUAAUA